GAUUCCAACCUUCUUAUAUACACUUCUGUUCUCUAUCAAAUGGUAAGUAAUGCUUAAGCUUAGCCGAGAGGCACAUGCCCUUGAGAAAGCAUGAAUUGGAAAUCUGGCAUCGCAGCGCCACGCUUUCUUCUGGAGUGAGAGGCUAGAAGGCAUUGGUUGCAUGAUCAGGUAAUUGGUGAUCAUACAUUGCCAUUUGGAUUGCGUUCAGUGGUUUCCAGGAUCUCAAUCUCCCACUUGUACAAGCAUCUGAUUCCACCCUCCACCAAUAAGUUUGGUUCAUGCAGAACAAUCUUUUUGAUGGAACUGUCUCAAAGCAGAGGGGCUGGGGCUGCUGCAUGGGGAGGGCUUCUUCCACAGACAGACUCGUCGCCAUCGCGCUGGGGCUCCUCGCGGUGCUGUCGCCGCUGUACGUCAACAGGAAAACGACGAUCAAGCCGGAUGAUGAAGACGACGGCAGCGGAGCUCUUCUGUCCCUGUGGCUCCCACUGGCGCUCAUACUUCUGGUCGUCAUCAUCAACCUCGCAUGGUUCGUGGAGCGGAGGAUCGUGAGGCUCGACCCCUACUGGAUACACAGGUUCGGAGGGUCUUCCUGUGGGAUCAUGAUACUGCUCUUGGUUCUUGGAGUCUUGUUGAAAUGUAAGGCUUCUCUGGGAGGUUGAUCUUGAUGUUGCUGUGUCUGUUAGUUUACUGGCAUUUCGUCAAACACAUGUAGCGAAGAAGAUGGAGGAGUGUUUGUGGAAUCAACCUGUUGGGUUUUCACCCCUGGAAUGAACUGCUAAGAUUUCUGAUUGUAAUUAUGAAAAGUUGUGCUCCUCUUUCAUCA